AUGCGGCCCGAUGUUUCGGCACUCGGGAUACUGGCCUGCUUGACGGGAUUGGCGACAGCACAAGAUACGCGGAGCGACGGAGAAAAUGUGACAACAACAGGCGGGACGGCGACAGUGCAGUUUAUACCGAACGCAGUGAUUGAGGUGCAAUCUCUUCCGACAUACCCCAUAUAUAUCCAAGGUCGGACGGACGAAGUCAUAGCAUACAGAAAUGCACCGGGUGUUGUAGAACUAAAUAUCAAUGCCGUGUUGUUGCAUCGAUUUACCGACAAUGCGACUAUUGGGCAAGGGGCUAUGAUAGACUUUUCGACGAGUCCUGUCGACCUCGACUCGGACUCUUCGAAAGUGCGGAGGCAGGAAACAGAACCAUUCCCGUUUACGAUGACUAAUGAAACUGUGACUCUUCCGGUUCAGCACGCUUCGGUGUACGGCUCUAAUAUUAACAAACUUCUGUAUUUCGAAUUUCAGUGGCAGAAUUCGACAGGAAGGGGAUCUAGCUAUAGUCAACUUGUCUCAGUUGUCUCCAGUGACGCGGAAAUAGAUAAAACAAACGAGCUUUUCCGAGAUUCGCAAAAGGAAACCAAUGCAGUAUUUCCUGAUGUCGUCCAGCUAGAUUCUACAACUAACCCCACGACAUCUGCCUCGCCUGCUGCCGAGACUCUCACGCAGGCAUCGACGAGCAAUAUCGGAACUAAAUUAAGCGGAGGUGCUAUUGCCGGUAUCGCGGUUGGUUGUGCGGUAGCUGGUGUUCUCAUUAUCGGGUUGAUCGCGUGGUGUCUAUUUUUCCGUCGCCGCGCUAAACGUGAUCGCAACGUUGGCACAAACUACGCCACGAACUCGGGCUCGGGCGCCAUUAUCGCGGAUAAAGAACUCACGGGAAUGACGGAUACCUCACCAAGCGCAGCAUAUCCCGAUGAUGGCGGACAUCUGCAUGAUCCACGGGGAAGCAUGGUGCGUGGCGAUGAUGGACCAUACGGGCCAUAUUCAGACCGUGGUGCCUCGCCGCUACCCCCUCCCGGCACCGCUUUCGCUAUGGGCAGCCAGACAGAUCUAGCUUCCGGUCGCCCUAGCACAACAAGAGCGCCCUCACCACCGCAUCAAUCCCGCUACGCGCAUCUAAUCGAGGAAGGCAUGACGGAGGAUGAGAUCCGAAGGCUGGAGGAAGAAGAGCGACAUCUAGACGCGGCGAUUGAGGGACGGGGCCAUAGGAAUAGGGCGGGUAGCGAGAGUAUACACGUCGCGUCUCCGUCGUUGGCGUCGCCGUCAUAA